AUGAGAACUGAGACUGUGAGCUUCAUCUUUGAACAUGUUUUCCUACCUCCAAAACUGCCUCAAGAACAUUACAACGAAUUAGGCGCUGAUAAUCUUCUCAAAGAGAUCUCACACGCUGCUCGUGAUUUCUCGCAUGCCCUUCCUGCACCCAACAAUGAACGCCACAUCUGGACGCAGUUAUCACGCUCAUUAGACAAGUGGAUUGAGGUCUAUGAUCGGGGUGUUCCAUGCCGCAACAUCAUCACCACUACUCUUGAAAACAUCUGUCAAGAUGUCAGAAACGGACCAAAGGGCGCCGUCUUCGAGUGCUUCGAGGUGCUUGCCAAGACUAAUGCGGUCGUGAAUGCAAAAGAUGCGCUGAUUCGACAUUUUCCAGCACGAGCGGCCUUCUUGUCGAAAGAGAGACUCGUUGAUAAGUCUUUUAUUAAGGAACUUGGAAAUGCAAUUUACAUGCUGUCUGUUGAACCAUUGAGGAUGGCUAUGGAAAAAACGAAGAAGGGAGACAACAUUGUGGUUGAGGAGCGCCAAUCCAUCCACCCGAGAGCUGUCAGUGAAUGA